CCCCGUCGGGUACGGGAAGGUCCAAGCCGCUGCCGGGUGCCUGAGGGACUUCGUGGCAGCCGCCGCCACGGGUCCCGAUGGAGCCGCCGAAUCUCUAUCCGGUGAAGCUCUACGUAUACGACCUGUCCAAGGGCCUGGCCCGGCGGCUCAGCCCCAUCAUGCUGGGGAAACAACUGGAAGGCAUCUGGCACACCUCCAUAGUUGUGCACAAGGAUGAGUUCUACUUCGGCGUUGGCGGUAUCUCCAGCUGUCCCCCAGGAGGGACAUUGCUUGGGCCCCCAGACUCUGUGGUUGAUGUGGGGAGCACGGAAGUCACAGAAGAACUCUUUCAGGAGUACCUCUCCUCCCUGAGGGAGUCUCUGUUCCGGAGAGAGUCCUACAAUGUCUUUGAAAACAACUGUAACACCUUCACCAACGAAGUGGUGCAGUUCCUGACUGGGCGGAAGAUCCCUUCUUACAUCACCGACCUUCCCUCUGAAAUUCUAUCCACGCCCUUCGGACAGGCCCUACGGACCUUCCUGGACCCCAGGAUUCAGCCUCCUGAGGGGAGCCCCAUGGGCCCACCCAACGGCCAAAGCUAACAGGACUGCAUGGGACCGCCCUGCCUCACGGGGGCUUUUCCUUUUUAAACAAAACAAACCCUACCAGAUUUCUAUUUUAUAAUUUUACAUCAGAGCUAACAACCAGGGGACGGCUUUUUAAAUUUCCCAGGGAAGGAUGUCAUCAGGCUGCGUGUAGGACAAUGCUGCUAAGAAACAGAACAAAAUGCCAUCCCUUCUAAUAGUAUUAUACUAAUUUAUUAAGGCUGUCUUGUCUGUGAGUUCACUUCUGACGCUGCUUCCUGAGCGUCCUCCGCACUGGAGAAAGGGAGGGGGUUUGUUUAAGCGGAAGGCAGGAGGCAGAGUUUGGGGGAGCCCCGACCUAGCACCUCUUUCCACAGACCGCCCAUGCUCUACCCAGGUUGUCAUUACCUGGGACCCAGGUGAGUUUUACGACAUCCGUGAAGCACCAGUUGUGACAUCCCAGAAGCAGUGACUCUGGUUUUUAAAUGAACCAAAGGACUUGGUGCACCUGAGACCAGUUUCAGGAAGACUGACCCAACCCGAGUGAACUCUGUAGGCACAGCCUCUCCUACCGUCCCUCCCUACCCCAAGCAAGGCCACAGGGCCAGGCCUGGAGCGACCAGAAGCCUCAGAAUCGAGGGAGAGUGAAAGCAAGUGUCAGGCCAGAGAGUACAGGAUAAAGCCAUUCUUCCUUCCACCCACCGAUUGCCAAUCCUCUGACAUCAAUUUUGGAGAACCUGCCUAGCUGCCCGCGGGCUGCUCUUCCUCAGUGGAGCUGGCCUGUCGCGGUGGAGGUUUGGGCUGGAGCGCCAGAGACCCAGGCCUUUUGUCUACCAGUAAUAAUGUAGGUUAUUUGCAGUCACUGUACCACCCCCAGCGCCCAAACCAGUAUGCAGUGUUCGGCGGGGGACCAAGGGGGAAGAAUCCCUGCUCUAGGAAACUAUCCCUGAUGUAGAAAGAGUAAUAAUGCAGAAUUAAGGUGGCAAGAAAAUUGUGUAUUGUUUCCAAUAGAGAUUUUUACAUUCUCCUCAAUGUGUUUUGAAGGCACAUGUUAUUUCCGUUGUCGUUAGGACUUUAAGGAUGCAUUGUUGAGAGCCUGCCUGGGCACCUUCCUAAUGAGCCGCUGCAGGAGCUUAUAGGGAGGAACAAUCUGGACGUUUCUUCUCUGGAGAGGCUCUCCGAUUCCUUUUUUUCGCGUGCCUCUCUUAAGUUUUGGGGCAGUGAGUGUGGCAAAGGGAUGUAGAACUGCCGGGUCCCCAAGUCCCAGCCCUGGCAUCUGUGGGCUCCUGCCACAGCUCCUGCCUCUUCUCAGACUUGAAUUAUGUUCUCUUUCCUGGGGUCUGGCCCAUAGCAGGUGCCUUUGCUUUUCAGAAAGCUGCUACUCAUCUCUGGCCUCAUCCCCUCCUGUCUCUGCCAUUAGUCCUAGCAGUUGGCACCAUUGGGGUCUCAGCUAGAGGAAAAGAUGGUCUUCUCCCCUAGUGUUGGUCUGUGACCUGACAAGGGGCACCUCCACAGUGACCAGCUUUGAUGUCAAGGGUCAUUUUGGAGAGCAGAGACCAGCAGAGACUGUACUUAAUGUGGACCUAUUGGCAGAAUUGGGCUCAUGGAGAGUGGGUUUCAGGCUGGAUUUCUCUCUCCCAGGGGGGCAGCUUGUUGGUGGAGGCCUUUGCCCUGCCUCCCGCCCAGUUUGCCUCGCCUAGCCCUCUCUUCCAGGCUCCUGCUCCAGACCUCUUCUCCCAGAACUCUCAGCUUUAUCCAGUGGGCACUGGGCACCACAGGCUCCUCCCCUCUUCUCCCCCAUAUCCAGGCUCAGCUGGCUUCACUCCUAAUAGCAGUCACUCCAGGCCCAGGAGAAGUUAGCCAAAGUGCUACCCUGAGAGACUGAGUCACUCGGGUCAUUGAAAGCCCCCCUCCAUGCCCAGCAGCCAUUUGUGCCAAUGCCUGUGCCCUGGGGGUUGUGGGGUCUUCUCAGAGCUCUCCAGGAAGCCAAGCUCUCUCUCCCCAUCCAAGUCCCCCUGUCACUCAUUUUGGAAGCCUGGGCUCAGGCUACGACCCCUAGCCCCAUCCUCACAUGUCUUGGUCAAUCCCAGAACCCCAGGAGCGGGCUCAUUGUGACCAGCUAGCUCCACACGGGUGUGCGAGGCGAGCAGAGUGAAAACUGAACCAUGUGUGUAAUCGUAUCAUACAGCGGACACCUCCAUGGAGGUCCAUUGGUUUAAAGGGACAGGGAAAAAGGACGGAUGAGACCAUCACCCCUCCCCAAAAUAAAGCUGUACCUUUGAGAUUCCUUUUCGCCCUUAAAGUCAAACUACUAAUAACUGUCUCGUAUGGAGGUGUUUGCUGGUUUCUUUGGUGUUUUUUCUAAUGCAAUAAACUCAUUUCUGCCUGCCAUA